UCCGAGCGGAGCUGGUUGAGCGCUCAAAGUCCCUCUUGCCUCGCGCGCUGGCUUUGGUCGGGGGGGCGGGAGGGGGGUCCCUGGCUUGCUCUGUUGGUAUCAAUACAAAAGAGGGAGCCGAGCGCAGCGCAGCGAGACGGAGGGAGCUUCCUGCUGAAUCAGGGACAUGGACAUGAAGAAGAGGAUCCACUUAGAGCUGCGGAACAGGACGCCCUCCGACGUUAAAGAACUUGUUCUUGACAACUGUAGGUCAGAUGAAGGCAAAAUUGAAGGCCUGACAGAUCAAUUUGAAGAGCUGGAAUUCUUAAGUACAAUCAACGUAGGCCUCACCUCAGUUGCAAACUUACCAAAGUUAAACAAACUUAAGAAGCUCGAGUUAAGCGACAACAGAAUCUCAGGAGGGCUGGAAGUAUUGGCAGAAAAAUGUCCGAACCUCACGCACCUAAACCUAAGUGGCAACAAGAUAAAGGAUCUCAGUACAAUAGAACCUCUGGAAAAGUUAGAAAACCUGAAGAGUUUAGAUCUUUUCAACUGUGAGGUAACUAACUUGAACGACUACAGAGACAAUGUCUUCAAGCUUCUCCCGCAACUCACGUAUCUGGAUGGCUACGACCGGGAUGAUAAGGAAGCCCCUGACUCAGAUGCCGAGGGCUAUGUGGAAGGCCUCGACGACGAAGAUGAAGAUGAAGAUGAAGAGGAAUAUGAUGAAGAUGCUCAGGUAGUGGAAGAUGAGGAAGAUGAGGAUGAGGAAGAGGAAGGAGAAGAGGAGGAUGUAAGCGGGGAAGAGGAGGAGGACGAAGAAGGUUAUAAUGAUGGUGAAGUAGAUGAUGAAGAGGAGGAUGAAGAAGCUGAGGAAGAAAGGGGGCAGAAGAGAAAGCGAGAAGCUGAUGAUGAAGGAGAAGAUGAUUAAACUCAAAAUCUAUAUGGAGGGGGGGACAAAUUUCCUAUUGUGAUUUGACUAUUUCUACCCUGUAUUUCACCUCACCCCUCCCCGGAGUGGGACGUUGCUGUGGGAUUGAGAGGGAAAGGCAUCAUUGGUGGGCAAGGGAAUUAAAACAUCAUUUAAAAAAAUACUGCCACUCCUACCUUUUGUUUCUGAAGAAUUUCCUUUUGUGUCCGUUAUUUCUGUUAAGGCAAUAGCAAACAUAAAGCAAGUGGUGAAUUUGUGUCUUCUUGGAGUGGAUCGUUCUGGAUACUUUUGGUUGUUUUUGUGUUAUUGUUUUUUAAAAGAUGGGCAAGUAAAUUUCCGUAUGUGAUGCAAAAGCCGUCUGAAUGGAGAUGGUGGCGAGAACUUUUGGGUCCUUAGAAUCAAUGGCUUUUGCCAGUCUCUGAGCAUAUUGUAAGAUUUUUUUCUUCUCUUCUGGAUGCAGCAGGUUUUUGCAGUGAAAGCAUUCCAGCCACAGCAGCGGGGGGUGCAAACAGCAUCUUGAUAAAGUGUUUUCUUUGUUGCCUGUUUGUGAAUGGCUGCCGUUCCCAGAAAAGACAAAAACACAACUACCCUCCUUUCACUUCCUGUAGGUACCUUUUUACUUUUGCUGUUUGUAAAUAGUGACCAAAUACGUAAUCUCCCCCCCCCCCCCGGCUCUCCAUCCCUUUUUAAGUUGGUUUGUGGGGGGUGACUUCGUAAAUCUUCUCUUGUAGCUUUCCCACACACUUGUUAAUUUUUAAAAAAAUCUUUUAGAGCACAAACCACUGGGGAAGUUCUCCUUGAGCAAGAGAUGCAUGGUAGGUCUCUUGCUUGGCUCCUGUUCCCCGCUGGCUUGUGCCCUUGCUUGAUUUCAGGUAUAUGGAAAAGUUCUCUGUAAACGGCAGUCAUUGAAAUAUAUAUAUAUAUAUAUAUAUAUAUAUAUAUAUAUAAAGUGUUCCUAAUUUCCUGAGUUAACUGGUGAAAUGAAUUUGACAGUUGUAAUAAAAAAGAAAAUGUUUGAACCCUUUUAAAUAAGGUGUGUACUAUUUUGGUCUGUAAAAUAUUAUAUAUAUAAAUAUAUUAACACCUCCUUGAUAAUAAGUGAUGAGAAUCUGUUUCCACUUGUGCUCUGUAAUACUCUGAAGAUUUUUACAAACCUUUAAAUAUCGGAGGGGACCGAAAUGCCGCUGCAUGUUUAGCCUAGGCUGGUGUCCUUUCCUACACGCAAGCAUGGAAUGCUAAUUACAAAAGUUGUAUUUUCUUACCAUGUUGCGAAGUCAUUUAAACUGACUGCAACGUUCCUAGUUGAAUGUACAGUUUUAAUUUCAUAUCCCUCUUUAAAAUAGUUAGAAGUGACUUGUAUUUCCUAGUCAAUAUCUCACCUGUGUAUAAAAAAGCAAAACAAAAAAAAUAUUGCAACCUUCUCUUUUGCUCCCCAAAGAGCCAAACUUUUUCAGUUUUCUGUCUUGUUUGCCAUUGAUGAAUUUCAAUAAAUCUUUUUAUACAA